GAAAAGCAGAAGCAGUUCUAGGCAGUCGGGUGGGAGAGACGAGGAUGUUGCGUAUUGUUAAGAAACUGCAAAAUCAGCUAAGUUUGGGAAAUAAUGGACAGCAGAGUGUCAGCUGUUGGAUGGAAAACGAAUGAAAAGACAUGUUAUAGACAAAAUCCUGGAUUCUACUUCAUGUUUGCCUAUGAGAAACAGAUUCUGCAGCGACUGGCUAUUCUGGUGGUGUGGCAUGACUUAGCAGCGGGCCAGAUCAUCUCUCAGCACCUCCUGCUCCAGAGACCAAUGCCCUGGUUUGAAGCCCAGGAGUUUUGUCAGAGGCACUAUGUUGACCUCGCUGUCCUGAGCACAGAAGAGCAAUACUUUACUCUCCUCAACACCACAGCUGCAAACAAAGUCAGUUUUUGGCUUGGCCUGCAGCGUCAGAGCACCUUUAGUGACUGGAAGUGGGUGAACGGGGACGAGCUGAGCUAUGAUCAUUGGUACACGAAAAACUCUGAGGGCUGCUGUGCAAGUCUGGAGGCCAUGUUGGGGAAAGACAAGAAGCUGCUGGCCCGCUACUGUGAUGAGCUGCACAUGUUUGUCUGUCAGGGUCCAGUUUCUCCACAGCCAGUGACGGUGGAGUCGGUGGGUUCUGAUCAUGUGACUCUAAGCUGGAAGGUGUCUGCAUUUAUGCAGACGACACCACACACUUACAACGUGACAACAUGCACCAACACAUGUGAUACGCUCUGCUACCCACACACUGAGGGCUCUACUUUCAUGAAUGUCAACAUCUCCAACUUAACUUCAGCAACAGAGUACUCCAUAGAGAUCUCUGCUUUUGUUGUUCGGCCUGACAGUGUUACUGAUGGAAACAUGACCCUUCGCAGUAACCCUACAGAUUUACAAGUCAGAACAGCAAACUCUGGUCAUCCCUAUAAAGUCAUCAUUGUCCCUCUGAAGUUGCUCAAGCUUGUGUCUCUGGCUCCUCCAUUGUGGAUUCUUUAUUGUAUCCUGAAAAAAUACAAAUCUCCUUUCUUUUAUAAAGUCAAGGAGUCAGAUCAUGUCACCUCAUCAGUGGACCCCUCAACAGAGGAGACUGCUGUUGACCUCAUCCCUGAGAAAACCAGAAGAAUUGGUUAGAAAAGGGUAAAAACACAUUCAAGACCAGCAUAGAAAAGUUCUCAAGAUUGGGGUUGAGAUGAUAGGGAAAGGCUAUUUUAUCCUUUAGUGACCUUGCUCACGAUGGCAUGAUUUCUUCACAAAUGUAAACAUGAACUAUCCUGAACAAGUUGAAUAGGAUAAGUUCCCAAACCUGAAGAGGUGAGGCCGAUUAAAAAUACAGAAAUGAACUGGUCAGUUUAAGGAAAACAAGUGUUUGAGAAGCUAACCAGAAAAUCAAGUAAUGAUGACGCAGUCAUAAAUAUCGUCCAUGUGUCCUUGUAAACCAUUUGUUUCACUGCUCUAUUAUGCUCCAAUUGUGCAUAAACCAUCACAGGAUUUAUACUGACAUGGGAUAACAUACUUAAACUGUGCUGAUGUUUUCACACCUGCGUUGUUUUACUUAAGCUUACAAGGGUUAAGGUUAGUCAAAGCAUUAUGGUGUCAUGACAUCAACCAAUCUUUGUCAUUCAGAGGGAGUUGUUGCUCUUUCAGCAGUUUUGUAGCUACGUCUGUCACAAGUUGCUGUCGUUUGUAUUUUAUACUUUUAACCUCCUGGAUCAAAAAAAAUUUGAACUUUGUAUUGAGAUGUGGCGCCUUUGCGCAAUUAUUUUCAGCAUUUACAGCAGGAAGAAGCACAGUGAAAGCAGCAGGCUAUGACUGGAGUAAAUCAAAUUUCCAAACAACAGCAAUAACUUUUUUAUUAUGAAGCAGCUAGUUCAAAAGUGCGAUUUGUAAAGUUAAAUGUACUAAAAGCAUUCAGAAAACAUGUCCCACACUCUGUCUGUAUAGACACACAAUUAGCAUUGAUUCUUAUCACAGUUUCUAGAGACACAUGACAUGUGCCAAGAUCACUAGAGGUGUAAUUGCAGGCAAUAAGUAAGAAAACUGAAAUUUAGUAUUAAAACAAAUUCACUAUGAGGUCCUCAGAGGAAACUGUUUCAUCAAAACAUUUUAUGAAUUAGUUUUUGGAGCUUGUUCUGAUGAACAACUAUAAUGUCAUGUUUAUUUCCUGUUAAUAGGACAAGCAGUCAAUGGAAAUUUGGGGUACAUUUGUGUCAUAUUCUAUUGUCAUAUCAAUCCAUUUUCCAGACACCCCGCCAUCAUCACUCAUUAUCAGGAUGACUGUAGUGUCAGUGUCAAUUAUAGCUUAUUUCAAAGGAAGCAAAGUUAGUAAAGUAAGUUAGUAAGUUAGUGAAAAAGUCCAGAGUUGGCCUUCACUAACAACAUUAUUUCAGUAAAAAUAUAUGAGAACAUUUUAUUUAAAAUCAAGACAUACAAGGAAACAUUAAUGUGAACAUGGCAGAUAGUAUUAGUCAUACCAUUAGAGUGUAUCUUGUCAAAAAGUGUUUGGCAUUAUAUUUUUAUUUUGCACUUUUGUGUUGUUUUUGUUUUUAUUUGUUUGUUUGUUUGUUUUUUUCCUAAUAGAGUAUUUUAAAUUUGGGCCUAUUAAUACAGUAAAAUUUUACACUGAGUCUUCAAAAAAGGUAUUUGCUGCUAUUAUGGACCUGAAGGAGAAAAAAAUUGCAUUUCAGAACAGGAAAAUAACACCUACAGUAUUUUGUUUCAAAAUGAAAAUUGGUCAUCUUUGAAAACUAAGCUAAGCCUAAAACAUAGAUUGGUGAUUUAGGCACUAAGCAUGUAUUACAUAAAGAAAAAAAUUACCUUAUUGUUCUCAUGUUUCUCAGGCCUCAUUUUCCAAGAUCUGUGGUGCAUUUGCAUUCCGUUUGUGGUGUUGAACAAUAUUUUACUCUCCAGCAGAAAUGUACUGUGUGACUACUUUUGUCACUAAGAGUAAUGAAUAAAUGCAAACUGUAAAAUGGU